AUGCAACAAAGUGGCGACGAGGAUGGGAUUGGACAAGAACUGAAGACGGCAAUGGCUCUCAGCAAGCUACCGGGAUUCGCUCCCGGCAGCGGCAGUUUCGACGUGUUCGUCGAAAGAUUCGAGCUCUACACCACAGUCAAUGAGAUUGCCAAGGCCAAGAAACUACAUCUGUUCUUGAGCGCCAUCGGAGAAGAAGCAUACGUGACGCUCCGAAGUCUGCUACUACCCAAGACGCCGAGCACGUCGUCAUACCCGGAAGUCGUGUCGGCGCAGAAGAAGCACUAUUCUCCGAGGCGGUCAGUGGUGAGUGAAAGAUACCAUUUCAACCAAAGGAAGCAAGCCUCUCAAGAAACUGUCGCCGAAUUUGUGGUGCAGCUGAAGAAAUUGGCAUCAUUAUGUGACUUCGGCGCCAUUUUGGAACAAGCGCUUCGUGACCGCCUGAUAGCAGGCCUGCAUUCCGAAGCCAUACGUUGCCGGUUGCCGGCCAUGAGCGACAGCGAGCUCACCUGGGACCGCGUCUGCAACACCGCUACGGCCAUGGAGACGGCAGCGAAAGACGCCGUGGAAAUGGUCGCGGAAAACACCGCCGAACAUGCGUGGGCGACACCUCUGGUGAUCGUGCCCAAGAAAAAUGGCAAGGAGCUUCGGCUAUGUGGUGACUACUGUGUCACAGUAAAUCCUGCCAUUGAGGUAGAUCAGUACCCGCUCCCUCUGCUAGAGCAUAUUUUUGCAACUUUACAUGGUGGAACUGUCUUUUUGGUUCUGGACUUGUCCAAGGCGUACUUACAGCUCGAAUUGAACGAGCGAGCACAAGAACUGCUCACUGUCAAUACCCACCUGGAACUGUUCAGGUUCCGGCGCUUGCCAUAUGGCGUAGCCUGGGCACCGGCGGUGUUCCAGGCCGUGAUGGAUCAGAUCCUACACGGCCUCUCAGGAACGGCCUGUUACUUAGAUGACGUUGUCAUCGCAGGCACAGAUAGAAAGCAAUGCCAUGACAGGUUGGAGCAGGUGCUCAUACGCCUAAGAGAACUUGGCAUACGGGUCAACACUGAGAAGUGUAAGCUGUUCCAAGAACGAAUCAGAUACCUGGGUCAUGAAGUUGACCAGAAUGGGUUGCAUCCUACAGCGGAUGAAGUAGCUGCCAUCAAGCAGGCGCCAAAACCGGACAACGUGACUCAGCUCAAAGCCUUUUUGGGCUUGGUCAUGAAAUAUGCCUGCCACACGCCUCCGAGGUCGCCUCUCCUCCACUGCCUGUGGUGCAAUCGGACCCUCAGGCUGAAGGAAGGCCGCCAGACCCGGGGUUAA